AUGAAGGAUCAAAACGACAGCCUUACAGUCGAGAGUCUCGAAUUGCACCCCGAGCUGCGAAAAAACAAAGUACUAACAGCCAUGUGUCAUGUCUUCCUGAAAAUGGGAAACGAGUGGUUGACAGCAAAGCAGAUCGUUGCUGCAUGUCACGCGUUAAAUGUUAUCCGAUUGAGGCAAGUUAAACAAGGAAAGACUCCGGCUUCCACAAUACAAGGGAGUAUAUCCAUAGUGCUAUCCACUGCGACGCAACUUCAAGUUCCCCCGCCAAUAAGCAAACUGAAGUGUGAUGGAGGCAGGGGUACCUAUUACCGCCUAUCACCAGAGUUAUUCCCGAAAGGGUCGAUAUUCUCCGAUAAGAUGCCAAUAGACACGACCCCUCAGCUUAUAGCGGCGCCUACUAGUGGAAAUAGCGUGCAAUCAAAACGACGAACUACUAAUAAGAAGCGAAAACGAACGGUUCGGGCCUCGAGCCAUUCAAAAAAGCGAAAGCGCGCGGAGGGGUAUAAAGGGCGUCGUCUGAGUUCGGAGCAUUCUAAUUCAAAGUCGAAUAGCGCGCAGUCGACCGUAAAGACGAAGGUUGGCCCAGAAUUUGACUGGUUAGACUUAAUCGACUCUGGUUCAGAUCUUUCGGACGUUGAUAGUGACUGGUCCUCCGAAUCUGAAUCUUGCUAUGUUCCCAACGGUCGAUUAACCACUGACUCAAUGGCCGGUUUGGACGAGACGUCUGAAGAGAUGGAGUCAUUGAUUGACAUGCUAUUGACGACGUAUCAGCCAACAGACUUUGCUAUUGAUACAUCAUUAAAACCGUCUGAUUUCUGCGUAGGACAGCAGACCGGUUACUCAUAUCCACGUUUAAGAAAUCGUCCGAAGAAGAGGGUCGCGAAGCCGCAAUGCGAGGAUUCGUUUUGUAUCAAGGAUUUAUAUAUGCAAAACGGACAGCCGAUGACAAGGCUUUUUUGCAUUGCUGAUGGACAUGGUGGUGCAGGAUGCUCAAAGUUUUUAACAGAAAGAAUACCUGAAAUGAUCGAAAAACUACUACAGGAUUAUACGCCGUUUCAGAUGUGCAAGGUAUCUGUGCAAGAGAAGUUCAAACAAGAUAUGACGGAGGUCAUCAAGUGUCUGGAUAACGAGUAUCUUGAUCGAAAGAGGGAAGAAUUUCGUCAAUGGCGGAAUCAAGAAAGUAAAGUUGAACCAGUUGACGAUGGCGCAACAUUAGUGUUGAAUAUCUUUUUUGGUGAUUGGCUUAUAAAUGCCAAUGUUGGGGAUUCGCGCACAGUCCUGGCUCAUGGAGUUAGAAACAAAUGGAUAGUCGACUUUGCGAGUGAGGAUCACAAACCAUAUCUUGAACGUCUGGCACAAAAUAUCUUCUGCAAUGGCGGUAUGUUUGUAGACAACAAUGACAAACCCAUCAAGUUCGACCCUGUUAGACACGAGAGACGAAUAAGACCAAGUCUGAAGAGAGCACGUAUCAGACUUCAAGACGCAAAUAAUGAUCUUGGUAUUCCGUAUUCUAAUGGUAGAGGAAUCAACUGGUCACUUAAUGUGGCAGCUACAAUUGGCGAUUUACUUUUUAAGCUUGAUCCCAAUAAGCCAGUGGUAUCUUGCGUUCCAGAUGUAUACUUUACCAGGCUCGACCGACUCUCGGAUACUAGUGGGCGUGGAUUCCUGUUAAUGAGCACUGACGGGCUAUUUGACCACAUGUAUGCAAGCAAGCCUGAAGUACAAAAUCUGACUAUAGCUACUCAGGUCGGCCGAAAAAUAGAUAUUGGAGAGUCACCCAUGGACAUUGUAAAGCAUCUCUGCAAUAGAGAAGGGGAUCGAGAACUUUUCGAGAACACUUUGCAAGAGUAUGAUGAUUGUACUUGCAUUCUAGUUAAGCUGUAG